AUGCACCCAACGCACUCAGCUCCCUCAGACGCAUACCUUGUUCUGUCGGCAGUCUGGCAGACAUCUCUUAAUCGUGACACGUUCGAGCACCUCACACUGUACCUCAGCCCAUUCGGCUACGAACAGCACGUCGGUGAGAGCGUCGUCAAACGCGGAGAAGUCACCAAUCUCGAGCUCUUUACCGGUUCAGCCCAUCAGAAUGUUGAGGAUCUCAACGGCGAUCAGGACGCGUGCGAGAUGUGGAGCCCAGGUGCGGUGCGGAUAUUAAAAGGUCUGUCGAUUGAGCAGCUGGAGAGGUCGACGUAG